CCGAGCGCUACAAAUCUCCGGCUGAACGAUACAAAAAGUAUCCAAUGAUUUUCUUACUAAUAACUUGAUAAAUAGAGAGCAGUAACAGUCUCAGGAUCCCCACAUGUGUCACGCGUCUGAAGGUAACCUGGUAAUGGGGCAGAAAAAUGUAUGGAAGUGAAUAGGGCAUUUCCACGUCAAGAUAUACGGUGAAGGGGGGCCUGCUAUGAUGGCUCAAGAGUACUGCUGUGCCUCAGCAGAUGAGGGAGCAGAGACCGGCCCACACGUCCCAUUCGUGCUGGAGAGAAGGGAGAAGGAGGAGGAAAACUGGAGGACAGCCGUUUCUCACCAACUGAAAAAGCAGUGCACAUGCAGCUCAGAGCGAGCCAAAGCCCAGGUUCUAGGGUUCGUCCCCAUCCUAAAAUGGCUGCCACGCUACCAGCUCAAAGACUGGAUCCUGGGUGACGUCAUGUCAGGGUUGAUAGUGGGCAUCCUGCUGGUGCCCCAGUCCAUUGCAUAUUCUCUGCUGGCAGGCCAGGACCCUAUCUAUGGCCUCUAUACCUCCUUCUUCUCCAGCAUCAUCUACACCCUGCUGGGCACCUCACGCCACAUAUCUGUGGGCAUCUUCGGGGUGCUGUGCCUGCUGGUGGGCCAGGUGGUGGACAGGGAGUUGGCACUGGCAGGGUACAUCACAGAGAGUAUCAGGAACAACGCUACCCUGGGACUGGGCAUGGGGAACAGCACCGAAGGGCCGGUCUGUGAUAGGAGCUGCUAUGCCAUCAUGGUGGGGACCACAGUCACAUUUACAGCAGGGGUCUACCAGGUGUUGAUGGGCCUCCUGCAGGUGGGCUUUGUAUCCGUGUAUCUGUCAGACUCCCUCCUGAGCGGCUUCGCCACGGGGGCCUCUCUCACCAUCCUGACCUCCCAGGUCAAGUACCUCCUGGGACUGGAGCUGCCCCGCGCCCAGGGCUGGGGUUCCCUCGUCAAGACCUGGGUCAGCCUUUUCCAGAACCUGGGCCAGACCAACCUCUGUGACCUGGUCACCAGCAUGGUGUGCCUGGCGGUGCUGGUCCCCACCAAAGAACUCAACGACCGCUUCAAGGCCAAGCUCAAAGCCCCCAUCCCCUUCGAGCUGUUUGUUGUCAUCGCUGCCACUCUGGCCUCCCACUUCGGCCACUUCGAGGAGGAGUACGGCUCGAAAGUGGCCGGCGCCAUCCCCACGGGCUUCCUGCCCCCCCAGCUCCCGUCCUGGUCUCUGAUCCCCAACGUGGCGGUAGAUGCCUUCUCCAUAGCCAUUGUGGGCUUUGCCAUCACCGUCUCCCUGUCUGAGAUGUUUGCCAAGAAGCAUGGCUACGUGGUGGAUCCCAACCAGGAGAUGUACGCCAUAGGCUUCUGUAACAUCCUGCCCUCCUUCUUUCGCUGUUUCACCACCAGCGCUGCCCUGACCAAGACCCUGGUGAAGGAGUCUACAGGCUGCCAGACUCAGAUGUCUGGCCUGGUCACAGCCCUAGUGCUGCUGCUGGUGCUACUGGUCAUUUCCCCACUUUUCUACUCUCUGCAGAGGUGUGUGCUAGCAGUGAUCAUCUUGGUGAAUCUCCGGGGAGCAUUGCUUAAGUUCACAGACGUCCCGCGGAUGUGGCGUGUGAACCGCUUGGACACCGCCAUCUGGCUGGUGACCAUGGCAACCUCAGCGUUGAUAAACACCGAGCUAGGCCUGCUGGUGGGGGUUAUGGUCUCAGCCUUCUGUGUGUUGGGCCGCACCCAGAGAGCCCAGGCCUUGGAGCUGGGCCGGGCUGGCCAUCGGGAGCUUUAUCAGGACCUGGCCUCCUACAAGGGCCUGCAGUCUCAGCCUGGAGUAGCCAUCUUCCGCUACGAGGCGCCCAUCUACUACGCCAACCAGAGCCUGUUCAAGAAGGCCCUGUACCGCUGCCUGGGCCUGGAUCCCGUCAAGGAGAAGGCCCGGCGCAGGAAGCUGGAGAAACAUAGGAGAAAGCAAGAAGAAGUAGCCAUGACGACAGGAGGAGAGGGCGGGACUAAGGGUAAAGAGAAAGAGUUGACCACCAAAGUCUUCCUACCAAAUCAAGUCAACUUCCACUCUGUGGUGAUAGACUGCAGCCCGGUGCUGUUCCUGGACACAGCAGGGGUCAAUGCGUUGAAGGAGGUGUAUAAGGAUUAUAAGGAGAAUGGGGUACAGGUGUUCCUGGCCCAGUGUAAUACCUCAGUACUGGAGUCACUGAACAGAGGUGGUUACUACCCAGAGAAGGGUAUGGGAGAAAAGGAAAGAGUGUUUUUCACCAUCAGCGAUGCCGUCCUCUAUGCACAGAGCCUCUCAUCACAGAAUGGUGACUGUGACACGUCCUGUUAACAAGAGCUUUAAAGACUGUACAGUGCCUUCGGAACGUAUUCAGACCCCUUAACUUUAACCACAUUUUGUUACAUUACAGCCUUAUUCUAAAAUGGAUUACAUAAAUACAAAUCCUCAGCAAUCUACACACAAUACACCAUAAUGACAAAGCAAAAACAGUUUUUUAGAAAUUCUAGCAAAUGUAUUAAAAUUAUUAAACAGAUAUAUUCAGACCCUUUGCUAUGAGACUCGAAAUUGAACUCAGGUGCAUCCUGCUUCCAUUGAUUGAUCCAUUGUUUUGGAAAGGCGCACACCUGUCUAUAUAAGGUCCCACAGUUGACAGCGUAUGUCAGAGCAAAAACCAAGCCAAGGUGUCAAGGAAUUGUCCGUAGAGCUCCGAUACAGGAUUGUGUUGAGGCACAGAGCUGGUGAAGGGUACCAAAACAUUUCUGUAUUGAAUGUCCCCAAGAACACAGUGGCCUCCAUCAUUCUUAAAUGGAAGAAGUUUAGAACCACCAAAACUCUUCCUGGAGCUGGCCACUUGGCCAAACUGAGCAAUUGGGGGAGAAGGGCCUUGGUCAGGGAGGUGAUCAAGAACCUGAUGGUCACUCUGACAGAGCUCUAGAGUUCCUCUGUGGAGAUGGGAGAAACUUCCAGAAGGACAACCAUCUCGGCAGCCCUCCACCAAUCAGGCCUUUAUGGUAGAGUGGCCAGACGGAAGCCACUCCUCAGGAAAAUGGCACAUGACAGCCCGCUUGGAGUUUGCCAAACGGCACCUAAAAAUAUUAUCUGGUCUGAUGAAACCACGAUUGAACACUUUGGCCUGAAUGCCAAGUGUCACAUCUGGAGGAAACCUGGCACCAUCCUUAAGGUGAAGCAUGGUGGUGGUAGCAUCAUGCUGUGGGGAUGUUUCUCAGCGGCAGGGACUGGGAGACUAGUCAGGAUCGAGGCAAAGAUUAAUGGAGCUAUGUACAGAGAUAUCCUUGAUGAAAACCUGCUCCAGAGCAUUCAGGACCUCAGACUGGGUCAAAGGUUCAUCUUCCAACAAGACAUCGACCCUAACCACACAGCCAGGACAAUGCAGGAAUGGAGUCUCUGAAUGUCCUUGAGUUGCCCAGGCUGUGCCCGGACUUGAACCCGAUCUAACAUCUCUGGAGAGACCUGAAAAUAGCUGUGCAGCAACUCUCCCAAUCCAACCUGACAGAGCUUGAGAGGACCUGCAGAGAAGAAUCCUUGUUAAAUUGCCUGGUUAAAUAAAGGUUAAAAAACAUUUUUAUAUAGGUGUGCCGAGCUUGUAGCGUCAUACCCAAAAAGACUGCUGUAAUCGCUGCCAAAGGUGCUUCAACAAAGUACUGAGUAAAGGGUCUGAAUACUUAGGUAAAUGUGAUUUUUCAAUAUUUUAUUUGUCAUAAAUUUGCAAACAUUUCAAAAAAUAUUUUGGGCGGGUCAUUAUGGGUGUUGAUUGAUGUGGGGGAAAAAACUAUAUAAUACAUUUUAGAAUUAGGCCGUAACGUAAGAAAAUGUGGACAAAGUCAAGGGAUCUGAAUUCUUUCCAAAUGCACUACAGAAACAUAUCUUUAUACACAACAUAAACAUAUAUACAAUAUCUAUCUCAGACAAAUCACAACCAAUAUUGUUAUUGUGCCUAACGGAAACAUAUGUAAAUGUAUCCAAAAAGCUGUGCAUAUUGCACGAUUAGAAUUCUUUGAUCUGAAAGUUGAAUGUCAUGUUUACAGUAUAGCUACAGUGGGGAGAACAAUUAUUUGAUACACUGCCGAUUUUGCAGGUUUUCCUACUUACAAAGCAUGUAGAGGUCUGUAUUUUUUAUCAUAGGUACACUUCAACUGUGAGAGACGGAAUCUAAAACAAACAUCCAGAAAAUCACAUUGUAUGAUUUUUAAGUAAUUAAUUUGCAUUUUAUUGCAUGACAUAAGUAUUUGAUACAUCAGAAAAGCAGAACUUAAUAUUUGGUACAGAAACCUUUGUUUGCAAUUACAGAGAUCUUACGUUUCCUGUAGUUCUUGACCAGGUUUGCACACACAGCAGCAGGGAUUUUAGCCCACUCCUCCAUACAGACCUUCUCCAGAUCCUUCAGGUUUCGGGGCUGUCGCUGGGCAAUACGGACUUUCAGCUCCCUCCAAAGAUUUUCUAUUGGGUUCAGGUCUGGAGACUGGCUAGGCCACUCCAGGACCUUGAGAUGCUUCUUACGGAGCCACUACUUAGUUGCUCUGGCUGUGUGUUUUGGGUCGUUGUCAUGCUGGAAGACCCAGCCAAGACCCAUCUUCAAUGCUCUUACUGAGGGAAGGAGGUUGUUGGCCAAGAUCUCGCGAUACAUGGCCCCAUCCAUCCUCCCCUCAAUAUGGUGCAGUCGUCCUGCCCUCUUUGCAGAAAAGCAUCCCCAAAGAAUGAUGUUUCCACCUCCAUGCUUCACGGUUGGGAUGGUGUUCUUGGGGUUGUACUCAUCCUUCUUCUUCCUCCAAACACGGCGAGUAGAGUUUAGACCAAAAAUCUCAAUUUUUGUCUCAUCAGACCAGACGACCUUCUCCCAUUCCUCCUCUGGAUCAUCCAAAUGGUCAUUGGCAAACUUCAGACGGGCCUAGACAUGUGCUGGCUUGAGCAGGGGGACCUUGCGUGCGCUGCAGGAUUUUAAUCCAUGGUGGCGUAGUGUGUUACUAAAGGUUUUCUUUGAGACUGUGGUCCCAGCUCUCUUCAGGUCAUUGACCCGAUCCUGCCGUGUAGUUCUGGGCUGAUCCCUCACCUUCCUCAUGAUCAUUGAUGCCCCACGAGGUGAGAUCUUCUAUGGAGGCCCAGACUGAGGGUGAUUGACCGUCAUCUUGAACUCUUCCAUUUUCUAAUAAUUGCGCCAACAGUUGUUGCCUUCUCACCAAGCUGCUUGUCUAUUGUCCUAUAGCCCAUCCCAGCCUUGUGCAGGUCUACAAUUUUAUCCCUGAUGUCCUUACACAGCUCUCUGGUCUUGGCCAUUGUGGAGAGGUUGGAGUCUGUUUGAUUGAGUGUGUGGACAGGUGUCUUUUAUACAGGUAACGAGUUCAAACAGGUAAUGAGUGGAGAACAGGAGGGCUUCUUAAAGAAAAACUAACAGGUCUGUGAGAGCCGGAAUUCUUACUGGUUGGUAGGUGAUCAAAUAAUUAAGUCAUGCAAUAAAAUGCAAAUUAAUUACUUAAAAAUCAUAUAAUGAGAUUUUCUGGAUUCUGUCUCUCACAGCUGAAGUGUACCUAUGAUAAAAAUUACAGACCUCUACAUGCUUUGUAAGGAGGGAAAUCUGUAAAAUCGGCAGUGUUUCAAAUACAUGUUCUCCCCACUGUAUGUAAUCUUAAUCUUGAUCUUGUCAGACUGUGAACCAAAAUGAACUUUCUGUUACAAUCUCAUCUAAGACAGAAUGCAUUGUCAAGUUUUAGGACUCUUUUUUUAAGCAAUGUUCGGUCCUCUGGCUGUGGCACCAUGAUUUAGCACCCAUUUUUCCCUCCAUGUUUGUUUCUUGUUUAAACAGUGGGAAUGUUACUUUUGUUGACAUUUUCGAUCCUUUGUUACCACAGCAAAAGUAGAGCUGGUGUCAACAAGAUGAAUGGUUAUAGAGUAAGAGGGUGUUAUCUGUUUGAAUGCGGUAUGAGAAUGUGUCAGUUAUAAAUUAUACAUGAUUGUUUUUCAGUUGCAACUUAUGGUGAAGUAGUGAUUGAUAAAUGUGUUGUCUUAGCUUUCUGGAAUGUAGAACUUUAUUAACAGUAGAAAGUACAUUUUUAGGUAGAAAAACACCUCUAUUGAUCUAUUACACUUACAGCCUUCCAGACUGCUGCUCAGAGACACUCCCAGAAUCCUUCACUCCAGCCAGUUUAGGCAAUGCCAGAAGUUUUCAAUAACUCAAAGUUUCAGUUUAUAUCAGAAAGAUUUGGUCAUAUCAGUCUAAACGCAAAAUUGUAUUAACAUUUUGAAUCAAACCUCCUUUGUGCUUUCGGGGGUUUUGAUACCUUAAUGCUGUAUGUUUCUUUUGUAUUUAUGUUCUUAUGGUCCUUUAGCCAUAGCAGUAUAUAUUUAUGGCUACAUUUGACUAAAGUUAUGCUAGAGUCAGUAAUCAGUGCUGGGGAAGAGUGUUACUGUCUGCUUUAGUUUAUUGCAGUUGUAAAACUGUUAUAUUUGCAUGUAGAAUAUAGAGACAAUCAAUGCCGAGAUCAUACGAGAUCAUCAGUAUGAAAUAUUUAUUACUGGAAAUUGUAAAUGUUCUCCUGUACUUUCAAGUGCCUCUGAAAUGAUAUAAUAUCAUGUUUAAUGAAGUGCCUUUCUGAAUGUCCCUAUAUUUAUAUACUCUGUCAGUAAAUGUAUUUAGUUAAGCCAGUCUCUGCUCGUUAUUUCUAAUUGUUAGGUGGUCUGAUAUGCAACUGAUUUACUCCUUGCCUCCUUCAACAUUUUGAAUCAACUCAUUUUUGCAUUACCGUUCAACACUACUCUGACUCAGGACAGGUUAGUUGAUUUAGAUGAAGAAACGAUCUAGAAAAAUUGACCAUAGUUCUGUUAUUUUAUUAUUUGUUUUAGUAUGGUCAGGGCGUGAGUUGGGUGGGCAGUCUAUGUUUGUUUUUCUAUGUUGGUUUUUGUGUUUGGCCUAGUAUGGUUCUCAAUCAGAGGCAGGUGUCGUUAGUUGUCUCUGAUUGAGAAUCAUACUUAGAUAGCCUGGGUUUCACUGUUGGUUUGUGGGUGUUUGUUUCCGUGUGAGUGUUUUGGCCACAUGGUACUGUUGCGGUUUUGUAUAUUCACGUUGUUAUUUUCUGUUUAGUGUUCUGAGUUUUAUUAAAAAUCAUCAUGAACACUUA